CAUGCGUGUGCGCCUCAAAUCGCAAAACGCAAAACGUUGUAAAGGAGACAAAGGCAGUUUACGUGUGAUUUUCAGUUAGUUGUGUGUGUGAACAAAGUGUGAUUUUGAAAUGUAGAAGUGAUGAGACAUUUGGCAACAAUGAUUAAAAAAUAAAAUUACACAAAAAAUUUGUAUGAAAAGUGAAUUGCGUAAUUCUUUUCAAAUGAAGUGCCUAUCUUGGUCGCAUACAGAAUUAGAAAUCGGUUUACGCGUUUGGAAAAAUAAAAAUUGGAAAACCUUCUGAGUCAAAAAGUCGUACAACAAAUUAAGCAAAUACAAAUAUCAAAUAUUAAAAAAAAAUGGUGCAUUCGGUAGAUGUUUCUACAAUAACUGGAACCAACGAAAUGGAUCAAACAAAACGCACAAAGCCUUCCAUGCUGCGCCGUACACUGAACGCGCUGAAACAACGUUUAACGCGACGUAGUCGCACCAAACCGCCCGAUUGGUUUCUGGAGAAAUUCUCCAAUACAAAUAAUGUUGAUAAAAUUGGUAAAACUACAGCUAUAACAACAGCAUCAGCGUUGACGGCUAGCGAAGAAGGUACAAGCGGACCUGUAGCGACGACUAUAGCACCAGCCGAUGAGGGCCUCUCCAGCGAAAUACGCGGCUCAAGUCGUUUGUGUAAUCGGCUAUCGGUGAAUCCGACGCUGCAGUCACACUAUAGGUGGCUGGGCAUCGUAUCCUUAGCUGUGCUCUAUAACAUAAUCUUCGUUGUGGGUCGUUCGGUAUUUUGGGAGAUAAAUCAUCGUGCUCCAACGUUUUGGUACUUUUUAGACUAUUUAUGUGAUUCCAUUUAUCUGAUAGAUACAUUAGUGCACAUGCAUGAAGGUUACUUGGAUCAAGGCCUCCUGGUGCGUGAUGCUUACAAACUGCGUCGACAUUACUUUCACACCAAAGGCUGGUCCAUCGACGUGCUCUCCAUGCUGCCUACUGAUCUCGCCUACAUUUGGUGGUCGCCGAGCUCGUGUAGUGCGCGUGGUCUACCCUGCCCCGUGAUAGUGCGCUUGAAUCGCUUACUACGCGCCCCUCGCCUGUGGGAAUGGUUUGAUCGUACGGAAACGGCGACUGGUUACCCGAAUGCCUUUCGUAUUUGUAAAGUGGUGCUUGCUAUAUUGGUGCUCAUCCAUUGGAAUGCCUGCAUGUAUUUUGCGAUUAGUUAUUACCUCGGUUUUGGUUCCGACAAUUGGGUGUACAAUCUGAAUGGCCCACGGAAUAGUACACUGCAGCGUCAAUAUAUUUAUAGCUUUUAUUGGUCUACGCUGACGCUAACCACGAUUGGUGAGACGCCAACGCCCGAAAAUGAUGCGGAGUAUCUGUUUGUGGUCGCUGAUUUCUUGGCUGGUGUGUUGAUCUUCGCCACAAUUGUGGGUAACAUUGGUUCAAUGAUCUCCAACAUGAAUGUUGCGCGCGUCGAGUUCCAAAACCGCAUGGAUGGCGUUAAACAAUAUAUGGCCUUCCGCAAGGUAGGCCACGAGCUAGAGGCACGUGUGAUACGUUGGUUUGCCUACACGUGGUCGCAGAGUGGCGCGCUGGACGAAGAACGCGUACUCGCUGCACUGCCCGACAAGCUGAAAGCCGAAAUCGCCAUACAAGUGCAUAUGGAUACGCUAAAACAGGUGCGCAUCUUUCACGACUGCGAGCCAGGACUGCUGGAAGCGCUUGUGUUAAAACUAAAACUACAAGUAUUCAGCCCUGGCGACUAUAUUUGCCGUAAAGGUGACGUUGGCAAGGAGAUGUAUAUAGUGAAACGCGGUAAACUCUCGGUGGUCGCCGAUGAUGGUGUGACAGUUUUUGCUACACUCGGCGCCGGCUCGGUUUUCGGCGAAGUAUCUGUGCUGGAGAUAGCGGGCAAUCGUACGGGUAAUCGACGCACAGCGAAUGUACGUUCACUGGGCUACUCAGAUCUCUUUUGCCUCGCGAAACGCGAUUUAUGGGAAACACUGUCGGAUUAUCCGGAAGCGCGUGCGACACUCACCGAACGCGGUUGCCAGUUGCUACGCAAGGAUGGCCUGCUAGAUGAGAGUGUGUUUGCGGAUUCACAACGCGCACACGACAGCAUCGAAAGUGGUAUUGAAAAGUUAGAGAUGUCCGUGGAGAAUUUGAAUGUGCGGCUGGCACGCUUACUCGCUGAGUAUACGGCAAGUCAGGCGAAGCUCAAGCAGCGGCUGGCGAAGCUGGAAGCAAACUAUCAAUUAACGAACAACUCCAAUGCGUGCCUCGGCGCCAACGAACCGCAGGCACGACCGCGCAGUGGGCGACUCUACUCGCUGCAACCGAAAAAGCGUACGCGACAGAAACGUUUAACGGCGACAACCAAGUCUGACGACGACAGCAACAGCAAACAGAAUACACUGUAAGUGUGCGAGAGGCGUUGUUGCAGUAGCCAAGUCCAAUGCCAGCCAAGUUCCAACAACAAGUUGAGCGACAAAUAAACCAAAUAAGGUACAGGCCAAAGCUUGGAGCGGCGAAGUGGUUAGCGCCUGAAUCAAAAGUCAUGAGCAAAUGUCAGCUUAGCAGUAUGUAGUAGGAGGCAUUUCCAAGGGAGUUGUACGAUGGAGUUUUAGCUCGUCCCAAGCUCACUAUCCGUCGUUGACUGCUCCACUGCCCUGCCAUGUAUUCUGUGAUGUGUUGCUGUUCCAUUUUUCUUUGCUUCAAUACGUCCUUUAAGCUGCUUAAUGUAAACGUCAGUUGGUCUACUUUCGCCUAACAACAACAACAAUAACAAUGACAAAAUGACAACAACAAGCAUACUCCACCCGCCCAUGGAUCACAUUCCAUCAACACACAAUACGAGUCAACUUGUACGUGCCGACGCGCUGAGAUGCGAUACUAAAUGGUGAUAAAUGAAUUGAAAUUCACGAAACUUAAGUAAAUUGUAAGUUUAAAGUAAACGAAGGCAGGAUGAAAAAAUUUAUAUAUAUAUAUAUGUAUGUUUAA